CAAGCUUGCGGCACCGUUAGACGGCCGGCUGUGUGUCCUUGACACGGAGCGUAGCAGUCGACAUAACAAAUGUAUGUGGGUGACCGCACCGAAACCGUGUGCGGAGUAUAAGAAAGUCGUUUCCUUCCCGAACGCUAUCCGUGUGAAGUGUCUGUCAACACUGCUCGAUGACGUCACGCGCCCCCGAGACAAGGAAACUGCCCUCUUCCUUCGCGGCCGUAAGAUAACGUCAUCGAGUUGGAAAGGGGCCACAUCGGCGCAACUAGCGUCAGUUUUUGUUUUCGCUUCCUCUGUUUAUUGACUGUUCGCCAGCUGGUCGACACGGUCGGGCGGCUGAUGUGAGCGUGACUUCAAGAGAAUUGCUGCUCGCGAAAUGGGACUUACCGAACUCCUGGUCGGAGCCCGCCGACGCCUGCGACUCCUCAGUGAAGGCGCUUGCCUCUGCGCGCUCGCGGGCGUCGGAUCCGCGGUCAACAUCAUCGAUGGGUUUCUAGGCGGAAGCCCCGACGUGUUCAAGGACGCCAGGCUUGACCCCAUUGGUUUGAUCAAGAAAUGGGGUUAUCCGGCCGAGCGGCACCACGUGACCACGGAGGACGGCUACAUCCUGGAGAUUGACCGCAUCCCUCACGGUCUCUCAGAAACCGGUCAGGGCCAAACCCGAACCCCGGUCUUGUGUGUGCACGGUGUCAUCUCGUCGGCGGCAGAUUAUGUCAUGAACAAUCCCCUGGAAAGCCCAGGUUUUCUUCUCGCCGAUGCCGGUUUUGACGUCUGGCUCAUCAACACCAGGGGAACGCCAUACUCUAAUCACCACGAGACGCUCACUACCAGGGACCGUGAAUUCUGGGAAUGGAGUUUCGACAAGAUCGGCCGGUACGACCUUGCAGCUGCAAUAGACUACAUAAUUUCCCAGACGGGAUUUGGUGAAAUCAGCCUCCUUACCUGGUCUCAAGGAUUCACCGUUACGCUGGUUCUACUCUCCACAAGGCUAGCGUAUAAUGACAAGGUGAAUCUCGUGGUUGGCAUGGCGCCCGUCGCAGACAUCACGCACAUUCAAACUCCCCUGACUUUGCUCGCCCCGUUCGCUGAACCAAUUGCCAACUUCAUCGACAUCUUUACGAAGGGAGGACUGCUGACGUCCAGCCAGCUGACCCAGACCGUGAUUGGCGCUGCCUGCAAUAACGUCUUUCGUGGGCUUUGUUUCCUUCCUAUCAACAUUGUUGUUGGGGCCAGUCAAGAACAGCUGAACACGACAAGGAUUCCAGUGUAUAUAGCGCACAUGCCGGCGGGUACGUCCACGCAGAACAUCGUCCACUAUGCACAGAUGUACAAGGCAAAGAAUUUCAUAAUGUACGACUAUGGCAAAGAAAGAAACAUGGACAUCUAUGGUCAGGACACGCCGCCGGAGUACCCUCUGGAAGAGAUCGGAACCAGCAUCGCUUUGUUCUCGGGACAAGGUGAUCGGUUCGCUGACCCGAAGGGCGUGCAGGGUCUGCGGUCACGGCUGCAGAGUAUCGUUUUCGACUAUCAGCUGCCCCAGAAGAACUUCAACCACUUGGACUUCGUCAUCGGUGACGACGCCACGCUCAUGCUGCACAAGCCGGUUAUAGAGCUCAUCCAAGGCUAUAACAACGACAACUUAGCGUGAACCAAAGCCAAGUUACGCGUCGUCACCAUGGGAGUCAAGGCUCUGAUGUCAAUGUGAUGGUUGGGUCAUGCUGGCUCGUUGCUUGUUUUCUUUUAGUGUUCAUCAUUUCAUCCUACAAAUAAACAUGCAUAUAUUCAAGAACAAAAUAAAGAUUGACGGUCCCUUGCCGUUGAAUGCAAAAUAA